CAAACUACAAACAUAUUAAAUAGAAAAAUCAAAAAACACUGCAAUCCUAUUUUUAAACUGAUCAUAAAUUCCACUCAAAUCAACAGCAUUUGAACCCGGCGUGUGCGACGUGUGGACUUCUGCAACCCUCUCAACCAACUCACUGUACAGUGGGCCCCACCUAAAGUCGCCCAGCCGGCGACACUGCAGGUAGGCCCAGACGACCGGUCAAAGAGACGCAAACCCACCAAACCCCCCGCCGCAUUUGACCGCCCUUCUCCGAAGAAGCUUUCUCCACAAUUCCUCCCGCCAAAUUUAAUUUCUAGAAAAAGAAAGAAAAUAUUUGCCUCUCUUGACCCGAUCGUCUCCUCUCCUACCCCGCGCUCGCCAAUGGCGAUCGAUCGAGCUCCGCUCCGUCCUUCUCAGUCAGCGCCCAUGACCUGACCUGACCCGAUCACCCAUGGAGAUAUAUAGGUGUGUGCACACACGCCAGCAGCUCUGACCAGCUCGAGCUCUAGCUCCAACUCCAAGCUCGUCUUCUAGCUCCGGCCAUGGCGCGCGGCGAGUGACGCGGCGCGGCGUGUUCAUCGUGAUUUGAUCUCUCCGAUGGAGGAGAUCGCCGGAGGGGCCGGGAGCAGCGAGGGGCGCCGCCGUCCGCGUCACCGCGGCGAGGCGAAGGCCAGCGCCGUCCCUGCUUGCUACCACCGGCCGUCGGCUGGGUCCUGCCACCACGCCUGCAAGUACGGCGGCGCGCACGCCUUCGAGGAGCGGGAGUCUCGCCGGCCGGCGGCGGCCCAGCCGAGGCCCCGGAAGACGCCGCCGCCACCGCCGCUCGCGGCGGCGACGGCGAUGGCUAAGCUGCGGUCGGCGUCGUCGCGGAGACGGGUCGGGGAUCUCACCAAGCCCGUGAAGGCCGGGAAGAAAGCGGCGGCCACCGCCGUUGACGACACGGGGAAGAAGGGCGACGCCGGCGUGGUGGUGUGGAAGGACAUCGUGGCGUACGAGUCAACCCCACUGCCGCCGGAGAAGACCACCAUCGCCGCCGGCGGCGGCGACGCCAGGAAGAAGAAGGAUGUGAGUGUGACCAAGGGGAAGAAACCAAUCAAAUCAUCUCCACAUGGUAAGAGCAAGAUCGUCGCUGAAUCAACCGAUGACGUCAUCGAUGGACCAUCAUCGAAGAAGAAGCUGGUCAAAUCCGUCGGGUCGAAGCUAACCGGCAAGCCGCCUCCAUCGCCGGAGCUCAAAGCCGGCGAGAAAUCGACUCCACCUUCUUCUCACAAGAGCAAGAAGAAGAUGACCACGACCAGGACGAACAGCUUGAAGCCUCCCAAACCGAAGAGAAAUCUCGUCGAAAUUAGCCAACAAAUUUCUCACCAAUCAUCAUCAUCAUCAGCAGCAAAUGAUAUCAAAGAAGAGAAGCCACACAACCCUCCUUGCCAAGAAGAGAAGAAAUCCGGCAUGGCGCCGCCGCCGUCGCCGCCGCCGCGACCGUCGCACCGGCGAGCGAGGAGCAUGAGCAUCACCGGCAGCGCCAAAUCAGUCCGCUUCCCGUUCACGCGGCAGGCGAGCAGGUCCACCACCACCACCACCACCACCGCCUUCAAGGUCAUCCGCUCCAGGAGCAGCCGCGCCGCCGCGACGGCGGCGCCACCAGAAGACGCGCCGGCGACGACACGGCUCAGAUUCUUCAGGAGGGGCGACGCCGGCGGCAGCAGCAGCGGCGGUGGCGGCGGCAGCGGAUUUCAUCUCAGGAUGAGGAGCCUCAGGAGGCGAGGCAGCAUCGGCGGGACGGCGGCGGCGGGCGGCGGCGGGGGGUUCGUGGUGCCGGCGGUGGCGCUCCGGCACCAGAAGACGCUGGAGAAGAAGCGGAGCCGGCGGCUGUACAACAGCGUGAUCGAGGAGACCGCCGGGAAGCUCGCCAUUGCCAGGAAGAGCAAGGUGAAGGCGCUCGUCGGCGCCUUCGAAUCGCUCAUCUCCAAGAUUGGAAAGUAGUAGCAGACUAGCAGUAGUACAAGCUGAAGAAAUUUCUCAAUUUCAUGUGGAGGAUUUGCUGUUCUUGGUAAUUGCGAUGAUGAUUCAGUGAACUGUUGGUGCAAGCUCAAGAAAAAUUUCAUGGAGAAUUUGCUGUUCUUGGCAACUGUGCUGAUUGAUGAGUAGUGCUUUGUUUGGUUGUGUAGAUAUAACUCUGAUGGAAUUCUGUAUAAUUUGGUGAGUUUUUCACUAUGUGAAUCAUGCACAAUUAUGUUUGGAGCUGUAACUUGAGUAUUGGGCAUACUGUUUCUUGUGCCUGAAAAUUGAUUGGGAAGUAGUAGUAGCUCAAGGCUAAUAGGAGCUCAAGAAAUUUUCAUGGAGAAUUUGCCCUCCUUGGCAAGAGUGAUGAUGCUCCAGUGAUGAUUGAUGAAUGUUUGUUUGGUUUUGUA